AUGGUCUCCAAAUCCGACAUUCUACUCAACAACACGUCCCUUGCCUCAGCUGGCUCGGGACUCAUCGCGGCAUUCGUCGGGGCCACGGCAGGCAUAGGCCUCUCGACGGUCGAAGCACUCCUCAAACACACGACCAACCCGACAAUCUUCAUCGUGGGCCGCGACGCGUCUCGCCUCUCCCAACUCAUCGCCCAAGUGCAGCCGCUCAACGCGGGGGCGACGCUCCACGCCAUCGUGGCCGAGGACCUCAGCUCGGUGCGCAGCGCGCAGCAGGCGGCGGAACAAAUCGCGUCUCGCGCACCGCACCUGGACCUCCUGAUCGAGUCGCAGGGCUUCUUCUCGUUCCGGUCGACGGCCGACUUCACGCCCGAGGGUCUGGACCGGGUGACGGCGGUGCGCUUCCACGGCCGGAUGCGGAUGCUCGUGACGCUGCUCCCUCUGCUCCGGCGGGCGCGGUCGCCGCGCUUCGUCAGCGUGCUGGGCGCCGGGCAGGAAGGCCCGCUGGACCUCUCGGACCUCGCCAUGACCAAACCGGAGACGUACAGCAUGUCGUACGCCAUGGGCGCCUCAGGAUCCCUCACGACGCUGUUCCUCGAGCACCUGGCCAAGCAGCCCGGCAAUGAGCACAUCGUCUUCAUCCACCUGUUCCCGGGCCUGGUCGCGGGCACCAGCCUGCGCACCGAGGGGUCCAACUUCCUCGUCCGCUGGUUCUGGGACUACAUUGCCAAAACCGUCGUCAGGAUCAUCGGCCACAGCUCCGGCGAGGUCGGGGAACGCGUCCUCUUCGCCGCGACCAACGGCCGCUUCCGACGACUCCCACCCGACGCGGUAGGUGCAGCCGAAGGGACCCUGAUCCAGCAGGGCAGUGACGGCGUGCAGGGCAGUGGCGCGUACAUCGUCGCUGAAGACACGAGCGUCGUCGAAAACGGCGGGAAUGCCGACCUCAAAAAGCUGAGAGAACAAGGUGCAGCGGCGAAGGUGUACGAGUACACUUUGUCUGAAUUCGAGAGGAUUGCAAAGUUGUAA